GGACAUGAAAAGAUAGGAAUGCGGGCUGAAAAGCGACCCGUCCUUUGGUCCUUAGCCGCGUUCAUGCAGAAGAAAUCGUCCCUUUUUUGAAGUGUUAAGUUUCGCGCCAACUUUUGGGUGCACAAAAACUCUUCCCGGACUGGCCUUCCAGCUUUCCAGUGCCAUAACGGAGAAGAGCUUUAUAAAUUUCCCUGCUUUGGAAAGCCAAGUAAAUUUCCCUUAACUAUAAUUUAAUAACGCAUGCGUGGAUUGGGAGCAGCUGAUUCUCAGCCUCUUGUCUCAGCAGCACUAGUUUUCUAGCCACAUGUGGCCGUGCAACAUUUUGCAGCACCAGCAACAUUUCUUGGCGGGCGUUUCGAAACAUGUUUCAUUCGGAUGUACUGAAGCUCCACUCUGUCUCUUUCGGGAUAUUCUAAUAUCUUCUUAAGGCAGGCCAUUAUUUUGUACGCAAUAACGUUAAAAGCAAAAAAGAAUAGAGAUAACAGACAACAGAGUUAACAGCUGCAUGCAUAGCACAGAAAUUUAGCAUUUUUGUUAACAGCGCAGGCGUGAGCGGCAACAGCUGGCGGCCGCACGUGGAGCCAGGCACAGCUGUGAAUGUGAAAAUGUUUAGCCCCCAAACUCGAGAACACGAUGAAACAUGUUUCGGCCGGCUCCACUGCAGCUCCACUCGGAAGCUACGCAUUCAAUUUCGUGAAGCGAGAGGCGCUACAACAAAACGUAUCGUCAGCGGGUGUUUUUUUUUUGCAAUCUCUGGAGCUUGGAGCAAACAACGUAAGAUGAUGCUGUGAAAUGUGCGCAAAACAGUAAAAACAAUCGACAGAUUAUUGAAAUCAAACUUAUAAACAAAAACCAAAACUGUUAAACAGCAAGAGUGUGAGCGCGCGUGCGAUACUGGAAGAGCUCGCGCCUUCCUUACCCGCUCUGUGUGCGUGAAAGUAACAGCCUGAUAAAAAUAAACCGCAAUUUGCAUGAAACUUACUGUUUAUUGCUUUGAUUUUUGUGAUUUGCGUCGUACACCCCCUCGCUGCCGCCGCUGCCUUGGCAGGCAGGGUAAUGGUAAUCAAUAAACAAAGGCAAAAACUAUAAGUCACCGCCAUAACUGUAAGCACACACUGUGUAAGCCAGCCUAGUACCGUGUUGUUUUUUGGGUGAAUGUGCAAACAAAGUGGAAAUCCAAAAGCCGGCCAGUAGUACAAAACACACACACACACACAAACACAGACGCGCAAAAAAAGUAAAAGCCCUUUCCCCGAUAAGCCUCCUCUCGCAAGCAGCUGUUAUUGUUGCCUAUGAUGGUCGGAACGGGGUCAAAAGUUCGUGUCUUGGCCUGUUAUAUCCCCCGCUAAUUCAACCACACUCUCAUUCAGACAUACACUCACACACACACACACACACACUCACGACACAGAGAACAGAGAAAGGAGAAGAGAAGUGUUCCUCAAGUGCAGGCAGAGACGCAGCAAAGACAGAGCGUCGCCCCGUCUGGCAGACAAAGCAUUAGACAAGUGCCGGUCCAGGCCCAGGCCCAGGCCCACCGAAAGCCGAGACAAACUAGGCCAAUACGCGAGAAAGCAGCCUAAACCAGGGGAGGAGCAGAAGUGCAAGCCCAAGAGCAGAGGCGGAGAAAAAGUGCCAGAAGUCUGAAACGAAAGACCAGUGGAAGCCUAAGACUUGCAGAACAUAACGGAGCAGAGGAGAGCAGAGCAGAGGAGAGGAGGAGCAUUGCAAUUCUCAACCGACGAAAGAGCAGUGGAGAAGGGGGAGUACCAGUACCCCCAAAAAAACAGACUGCAACACACACACACACACAAACACACACACACAUCUACAAAAUAUAAUAAAGACAAAAGUGAAAAGUUUUCUCUGUCUCGCUCACUCACUCUUUGGCCAUUUGUCAAUGACUGUGACUGUGUGGAGUGUGGAGUGACUUCUCGCGUGACUUCCAUCCGACAUCCAAGGCCCGCAUCCGCGUCCCGUAUCCCGUAUCCCGUGUCCUGUGUCCUGUGUCUAUGGCUGCAGGGGGAAACACGCGGAAGUGGAUAAACUGCUGAAACAGAAACAGACUCCCAGGACAAGGACUACUCCAAAACAGGACCACUCGCGCGGCCACAAUUCGUGCAGGACGAGCGGAGGACGAGCGGAGGACGAGCCUGGCCAUAAAACAGAGGCGGCAAAUAGGAAAAGCCAAACGACAAGCAUCCAACAUCCAGCAUCCAGUCUUUGUCUGCCCUGUCUGGGGCCCUGGCAAUUGGCCAAGUUAAUAGAGAAAACCGGAGCCGGGAGGCCCGAUAAUGACGUUGCUGCAGCUGCAGCCGCUGCUUCUGCUUCUGGUUCUGAUUCUGGUUUCGCCUCCAACCCAAUGAUGAUGCUGCUAACUUGGUUAUUGCUGCCGGCAUAGACAAAAACACAGACACAGACGCAGAAACAGCAACAGAAACAGAAACAGAGCCAGAGAGCCAGACGCAGGCACAGACACAGCGAGAGACGAGAGACGAGAAGAACAAAAAGAGAUAAAGCUACCCCACCCCCCAAUCGGCAGCCUUCGGCCAGGACCAGGCCUUCGUCCAGGCUUACUGCAUUUCCGCUUCUUGUUCCUGUCGCCGCCAUCAUCCAGAAGCGUGGCCAUCGCCAUGCCACUCCACAUGGCGCACAGCAUCUGCGUGGCCUGGGCGAUGCUCCUCGUCGUUAUUGUGAUGAGCGAUAUGACAAAUGGAGGCGUGCAGGGCCCCAUCGAGGGCUACAACUCGCUGGAAGAGAUGAUGAUGACAACGACAGACAGGGCCCAGGCAGCCAUGCUCCUACCCACCGCGCCCACUGUCGCUUACACGCAUCCCAAAUGGAUGGAGCCAUAUUUCGAUCCCUCGACGCCGCGCAAUGUCACCGCCCUCAUGGGCAAGAACGCCUAUCUCAGCUGCCGUGUGCGCAAUUUGGCCAACAAAACGGUAUCGUGGAUACGGCACCGCGAUAUACAUAUACUGACUGUCGGCUCGUACACCUACACCUCCGAUCAGCGGUUUCAGGCCACCCACCACCAGGACACCGACGACUGGACGCUGCAGAUAAAGUGGGCCCAGAAGCGGGAUGCGGGCAUGUACGAGUGCCAGAUAUCGACGCAGCCGGUUCGCAGUUAUUUCGUCCGUCUGAAUGUUGUCGUGCCAACGGCUACCAUCCUGGGAGGACCUGACCUUCACGUUGAUAAAGGCAGCACCAUAAAUCUCACUUGCACUGUAAAGUUCAGCCCCGAACCACCGGCCUACAUCUUCUGGUAUCAUCACGAGGAGGUCAUUAAUUAUGAUUCAUCAAGAGGCGGCGUGUCGGUAAUUACCGAAAAGGGCGAUGUGACAACCUCAUUUCUGCUCAUACAGAAUGCAGAUCUGGCCGAUUCGGGCAAAUACUCCUGUGCUCCUUCCAACGCAGAUGUGGCCAGCGUGCGUGUCCAUGUCCUAAAUGUUCGGGCCAUAAUUUCAGGUGAACAUCCGGAGGCAAUGCAAACAGGCUCAUCCGGUUGUCAGGUCAAUUGGCUGACAAUUGUCCUGCUGCUGGGCCUCGUCCUGUGCUACAGUAAGCAGUGCACAGCCGCACUGCCAUCUCCGUUGCCAGGGUUAGCAACAGCAAUAGCAAGUGCAUCCAGUGAAAGCACAACUGCCACAUCGAGGAAACGCUGCCCUGCGGUCGCCAGCUGCCGCCAAGCCGCAAGCCACGCCAACACCCAGGCCCAGGUCCAGGUCAAACGCCACUGUCACAGAUGAUCGAAUGGAGGCGACACAGGAGGACAGCAGCAACAACAGCAGCAGCAGCAGCAGCAGAAGCAGUAAAUGCGACAGCAGCAACAACCACAACUAUCUAGUGUAAUUUAAGGAGACACAUGAAAUGUGUUAGUGUGUGAGUGAGUAUAAGAGAGUGUCCGAGUGAAUGGGCAUUUGAGUGUUUGCUAUUCAGUCAUAAGUGUGUCAGUUUUAAACUAGUACUCAAUGUGGGGAGUGGUAACUGCAGCACUCAGUAUUUGCUGCACAAUGUGGCACAAUGGCGUAGUGAUUGGUUGAGCAUAGGAGUAAUGAAAACUAUAAAACCUGUUUGAUAGCCAGUGUAAUCUACAUUCCAUGGCACAUGCACCUUCGGAAGAAAGCUCCGAAAUCGUUCUUCCAACUUCCCCCAUACGUUUCGACCUUCAUUAAAAUCUGUUAAUUAAAAUAUUAUUAGCCAACCGAACGAUGGUAUUGAUUCCAACCCUUUCCAUUGCCCCCGCCAUUGUAAAGCAUUGUAAUCGUCUAUAUAAAUAUGUGUGUAAGCAAAUAGAUUACUGUUUAAUGUGUAUAUUUAAACAAAAAAAGAAAUCAAAACUAACCAUAGUGAGUGUGUAAAUAACAAACUUAAACGUAAUUGCAGCAUAAAUGCAGAGAGGCAAACAGAAUGUAUCACUAAGUACGAAUAUGAUAGGAAUGAGUAAUCUCUUUGGCCAGCGGCGAGGACUCUUUUUAAUAAAUUAACGAAUAAUCAAAUAUUAUGCAGCAGCUCCACAUUCCAUAAUUAGAUAAAAACGUAACCAGGCAGCUGGCGGCAGACAGCAACAGCAGCAGCAGCAGCAGCAGCAUCGAGCCAUAAAACUUUCAAACUGAUUGCCAUAUCAAUAUCAUGCAAAUAUUUGCACUGCGCAAUUUUCCACCAAACCAAAUGUAAAUUCGAUUUUCCCCCACAAAAGGAACUAAAAAUAUAAACCAUUUAUUUAUUUCUUAUUGCCACGGCACUUAGUGUUACUAUUAAAUAAUUGAGGCUCCACAGUGAGGUAAAAACAUUUGAUUUUAGGUGAAUAGCUCAAUCUAUGAGAGUGUUGGUCAAUAUUUCUAUUCCCAAUAUUUUCUUCAACAAUGUCAACAAUCUAUAGAAAAAAGUUAAUUUGGUUUCCGUUUCCUCGUUUUAAACACAACUUUAAUUGCAAAAUUGUUAUGGCUCUAUUAAACGACCCCUCAUAGCGUUGACAGGACAAUUCUUUUAGUAGUAAUUUUUUAUAUUUUUCGAAAAAUUUAAUUACAUUGAAUGACACAAAUGCCGGCAUAUAUGUAAGUACGCCAUUACGCGUAACAAUAAUCCCCUGGUCCUCCGAUCAAAUUGCAUAAACUGAUUGUAUGUGAAAAGUGCAAAAAAAAAACAAUUUCGAUUUGUGGUAUUAAAAAGUUUCUAUAAAAACACAAUUGACAUAUAAUAUCUUUCAUAAUUGCUAUAAUUAAAAAACAACAAUUUCCCUCCCCAAACAGGGGAUAAAUCAAAUAACAUUUGUUAGCCAAAUCAAGCAAUAACCAACUCAAAAGUGGCCCCAUAAAAACCUAUGAGAUCGUUUGGCCAAUUAAAAUGAACGCGGCUGAUGUGAUUUCCCCCAUGUCCUUUUUAUAAUGAAACAUAAUUUCAAAUUAUGCAUUUCCAUUGUGUUUUCUGCGGCCGGUGAAAGGCAGAACAAAUUGUAUUAAUUUCUGUUAAGCUGUAAAAAUAAUGUUAGUCGUAAGCCGAUUUUAUGUGUGUGUAAUCGGCAAAAUUGUAUCAAAAAUGUUAAUGUACAUUCAACCACAUGCCAGCUGGACAGUGAAGCAGAUGUACAGGAUGCAUUUAUCGGAAAAGAAUACAGGAAAAGUGAUCAAUAGAGCAUCUUCCACUUUUUUUCGUGUCAGUCUGUCUGUUUGUCUGUCUGUGUGCCUCAAUAAUCGAACUUAGCAAAACCCCCGAAAUACAUUUUUAAAUACCAGCCCAAAGCCCGUUCUACAAUCCUACAAUUAUCACAGUUGUCGUGUCAUUUAGCGAGUCUAUUGGAGAUUUUAGGGACUUGCAAAUCCAUCUGAAGCUGCAGCUAACCAAUCAAAAAUAUACGCAUACACAUACAUACUAUAUGUAGCUAUACAUAGAGAUUUAAGUUAAGUGUGAAUAAAUACAUAUGCCAGCCAAUUUGUAAUUCAGAAAUGGUAAUGCCAUAAGCCCGCAGCCAUUUGCCGUAAACAUUUCAAGUGCAGUACAUAAAUCUAUAUAAUCAUAGGCCGUCAACUAAGUAAUUCCUGUAUAUUAAAGUUAAUUAGUGAGAGCCGAAAACUAUGCAUUAGCCAAUGGCAUACCAUACUGCAUAGUUGAAUAGUUUUAAUAAAGCAAUUGAACUGUAUAAAACGAAGAUAAACCCCACUACUUUUAA